AUGAAAAAGUCUUUUAAAUCCAAGGAGCAAGUGAACCGACUUCGCGAGAUUCAGGCAGUGCGGCGGCUGCAGCCCCACCCCAACAUUGUGCAGCUCAUUGAGGUGAUGUUUGAUAGGUCAACAGGGCGUCUUGCGUUGGUGUUUGAGUUGAUGGAGAUGAAUCUAUACGAACUCAUAAAGGGGCGCCGGCAGUAUCUCAGUGAGGAAUGCAUCAUGAGCUUCAUGUACCAGCUACUCAAGGGGCUUGACCAUGCGCACCGCACCGGGCUGUUUCACCGCGACCUGAAGCCGGAGAACCUCCUCGUAAACGAAGACGGCACGUUAAAGAUCGCCGACUUCGGCUCCUGCAAAGGGGUCUACUCACGACAGCCGCUGACGGAGUACAUCUCCACCCGCUGGUACCGCUCCCCUGAGUGUCUUCUGACCGAUGGAUAUUACUCUUACAAGAUGGACCUCUGGAGCGCUGGAUGUGUCUUCUUCGAGAUCAUGGCCCUUUACCCCCUUUUCCCAGGGAAGAACGAGCUCGACCAGAUACACAAGAUACACAACAUUCUAGGCACACCGCCACCUGAGAUAUUAGACAGACUCAAGAAGUGUGGCACGCACAUUGACUUUGAAUUCCCACAAAAACAAGGAACUGGGCUGGCAAAGCUUUUGCCAAACGCUUCGCAUGUCGCUUUGGAGCUUCUGACCAAGUUGUUAGCGUACAAUGAAGAGCAGCGGGGAACAGCAAAGGAUGCGUUGCGGCACCCGUAUUUCAAGACCCUGCGAGAUAGGGAAAAGAGAGCCCGACGCGUACGGCAGGAACAUGAAAAGGCAAAAGCCUUGGAAAUGAAGCUUGGAAGUACACUGCCUCGGUUGAGCAUGACGUGUUCACAGACGCUGUUGGUUCACACGGCCUCACAGAAUAUGAUUAGUGCCCAAACCAGAACUGCCACUGAAAUGCAAGGGAACGCUGGCAUGUCUUCGUCACUGCCAAAGUUGUGA